AUGAAGUGCGCGGCGCCGCUGCGGCUGCUGCUGGUCUCCGUGCUGCUCUCGCUGGCGCUGCUGGGGCUGCGGCUGCAGCAGGAGCCGCCGCCGGCGCCUCCGGAGCCUCCGGAGCCUCCGGCCGCCUUCGCGUGGCGGGAAGCGCCGGGCGCCAACGGCACCACGCGGGCCCCGCGGCACCCGCUGCGGCCGCCCUACCCGUAUCCCUACCGCUUCCUGCUCAACGAGCCGCACAAGUGCGCGGGGCAGGCGCCCUUCCUGGUGCUGCUGGUGGCCUCGCUGCCGCAGGACACGGCGGCGCGGCACGCGGUGCGGCGCACGUGGGGCAACGAGAGCGCGGCGGGCGGCGCGCGCGUCGUGCGCCUCUUCCUCACCGGCGUGCACCCCGUGUUCGGCGCGCCGCUGCAGCGGCUGCUGCGCGAGGAGAGCGCGCGCUACGGCGACCUGCUGCAGCAGGACUUCCUCGACACCUACAACAACCUCACGCUCAAGACGCUCAUGGGGCUCGAGUGGGUGAGCAAGUACUGCCCCGGCGCCGCCUACGUGCUCAAGGCCGACCAGGACGUGUUCCUGAACCCGGCCUACCUGGUGCGGCGGCUGCUGCUGCCGCCCAAGCGGGGCUUCGUCACGGGCCACGUGUACCGGGGCACGGCGCCGCUGCGCAGCAAGCUCUACAAGUGGUACGUGCCGCGCGAGGUGUUCGCCGAGGCCACGUACCCGCCGUACUGCGGCGGCCCCGCGUACGUGCUCUCGGGCGACGUGGCGCGCGGCGUCUUCGGCGCGGCGCAGCGCCUGCCGCUCAUCAACAUGGAAGACGCCUUCGUGGGGCUGUGCCUGCGGGCGCUGCGCGUGCGCCCGGCGCCGCCGCCGCCGGGGCUCUUCAACAUGCAGCGCGUGCCCUUCGAGCGCUGCCGCUUCGCGCGCCUCGUCAUGGUGCACCACUACGAGCCCGCCGAGCUGCUGCGCGUGUGGCCGCAGCUGCAGGGCGCCGACGCCGCGUGCCCGCCCUAG